CCGCAAGAGGAAGAAGAAGAAACUUCAUAGAAUUUCCUGUUUCUCCAUCUUCGGUCACGCGAGGACAACAACGCGUCCCGCUUUUCAUUGUUUGGUGAUAUUUCUGAAACGGAUGGUGAAGAAGAGCUGAGUGCGGCGCAGAGCGGCCAUUUCCUGCUGAGGAUCAGUUGUGGGAUCAUCUGUGAACUCCAGCGUCCUGCUGGUCUACAAGUUGACCUCACCACCAGUUCAUCCAUCACUCUGGUUGUGGUCUCCAUUAGAAGAAAUGGAGCAUCAAGGCAAAACGCUGGAGGCUGAUUUCAACCCCAAAGUCCUGCUGCAUAGAUUAGAUGCUCAGCAGAUGUUGCUGCUUAAAGAAGAUGCUCCUGAAGAACAUGGUCCAGGUUUUGACCUACAAGGUCCAGAGUCUCUCCCACCAACCAUUAAUGAGGAUGAUGAAGAGUUUCUCCUGUCUUCUCACCUUCAUCAGCACCACAGAGAGUUACCAGAAGAUCACUGUGAAGCAGCAGAACCCAUCAGGAAUCAAAAUCAUGGAGAUUAUUCCAACUCAUCAGAAACUGAACUCAUUCAGGAGGGUGAAGAGGAGGAUGAAGAUGAUGUAAAUAAUGUUUUCUGUCAACUUGAACAAUUGCCAGAUUACAGACCAAAUAAAACGGAUGGUGAAGAAGAGCUGAGUGCGGCGCAGAGCGGCCAUUUCCUGCUGAGGAUCAGUUGUGGGAUCAUCUGUGAACUCCAGCGUCCUGCUGGGUCUACAAGUUGACCUCACCACCAGUUCACCCAUCACUCUGGUUGUGAAGAGGAGUGGUCUCCAUUAGAAGAAAUGGMGCAUCGAGGCAAAACGCUGGAGGCUGAUUUCAACCCCAAAGUCCUGCUGCAUAGAUUAGAUGCUCAGCGAAUGUUGCUGCUUAAAGAAGAUGCUCUUGAAGAACAUGGUCCAGGUUUUGACCUACAAGGUCCAGAGUCUCUCCCACCAACCAUGAAUGAGGAUGAUGCGGAGUUUCUCCUGUCUUCUCACCUUCAAGAACCUAUCAGAAAGCAAGAUCAUGGAGAUUAUUCCAACUCAUCGGAGACUGAACUCAUUGAGGACAAAAAUGAAGAGGAUGAAGAGGAGGAUGAAACUGAUGUAAAUAAUGUUUUCUGUCAACUUGAACAAUUUCCAAAUAACAGGCCAAAAAGUAAAUACAGCGGAAAUGACAGCAAGAUGAGCCAUUCAACUAAAGGUUCUCCAAACUUUGAGGAUAAAAUGAAAUCCUUUACUUCAAAGAAAACCUCAAGGAGGAAAGUUCAGGUUGAAAUGAAGUUUAUCUGUGAUGACAAUGGUGAAAUAUGUAAAAAAAAUUCUACAUCAAAGAGACAUGCAAGAACCCUAGCAGGACAUAAACAUAUCUGUAAAUUGUGCAGACACACAUUUAAGCACAGAAAAAACUUAGACACACACAUGCGAACCCACACAGGAGAGAAACCUUUCAGUUGUGAUCUUUGUGGAUACAAGUGUAGUGUAAAAUCAAGUUUAAAUGUACACAUGAGAACCCACACAGGAGAGAAACCUUUUAGUUGUGAUCUUUGUGGAUACAAGUGUAGCGUAAAAUCAAGUUUAAACAAACACAUGAGAAUCCACACAGAAGAGAAGCCUUUCAGUUGUGAUCUUUGUGGAUACAAGUGUAGCGUAAAAUCAAAUUUAAAGGUACACAUGAGAAUCCACACAGGAGAGAAACCUUUCAGUUGUGAUCUUUGUGGAUACAGAUGUAGCGUAAAAGCAAGUUUAAAUGUACACCUGAGAACCCACAUGGAGGAUAAACCUUUCAGUUGCGAUGUUUGUGGAUACAGAUGCAGAGAUCAAUCAAGUUUAAACAAACACAUGAGAAUUUACACAAGGGAUAAACCUUUCAGUUGUGAUGUUUGUUUACAAAGAUUUAGUCAGAAAGGUCACUUGAACGAGCACAUGAAAAUCCACACUGGAGAGAAACCUUUCAGUUGUGAUCUUUGUGGUUAUAAGUGUAGCGUUAAAUCAAAUUUAAAUGUACACAUGAGAAUCCACACGGGAGAGAAGCCUUUCAGUUGUGAUCUUUGUGAAUACAGUUGUAGCGUAAAAGCAAGUUUAAACAAACACACAAAAAUCCACACAGGGGACAAACCAUUUAGUUGUGAUCUUUGCUCACAAAGAUUUAGUCAGAAAGGUCACUUGAACCGGCACAAGAAAAUCCACACUGUAUAAAAACCUUUCAUUUAAGAUCUUUGUGGAUUCUUGUUUAGACAGAAAUUAUAUUUAAACAGACACAUGAGAAUCCACAUGGAAUAAAAACCUGUUAUGAACUUACUGAAUGCAGAUAUAGAAAGAAAUCAAGUUUAAACACACCCCUGAGAAUCCACACUGGAAUAUUUUUCUCCUGUAAUGCUAUAAAGGAAAGGGGAUGAACUAAAUAUCUUAUUUGAAAUAUAGGAGGAAGGUAGAAAUAAUAAUAAAAAAGACUCUUGGAGAAAGUGUUCAGCUGCAUGUUCUUUGGCAACUACUGAGGACAUAGAGUGGUAUUAAAAGUGCUCCUGCAGAGUUUUCUGUUGGAUAUUUUUGUGUUAAUAAAAGACAGUUUUAUUUGUACAUUUCUCUCUAACUCAGGACAGGGGUGUCCAAAGUUGGUCCUCAAGAGCCAGUAAUCCUACAUGUUUUAAUUCACUUCCUGGUGGUAGUUACUCCCACCUCAGCAAGUCAAUAUUCUGCAGAGACUUGCCAUCAUUUGGUUCACAUGUGUUGAACCAAGGAAAGAACUAAAGUAUGCAGGAAUACUGGACAUUUGAGUACAGUUUAAUUUUGGGUUUCCUUUUCAUUUUUUACUUGCAAGUAUUUCAUAGAAUACAAUAUAGCAGGUGUAUUGAACUCAAUUCCUCAAGUGCAUCUUUUAGAUGGGUUUCUAUGUCAAAGCAGAGAGUCAAAUAAGUUUGCUUUCAGGACUCGGGAGAACUUGAUUGCACUGAGGAGGCAUUAGAUCCAUUGGAUUUACGUUUGUUGGACGCACCUCAAAGGUGCAGAACACUCUCCCUUGAAGAUUUGAGUUGAAGAUCCCUGCACUGUGUUCACCUAAUAUUAGGUGAAUAUUAGUUAUUCACCCAAUAUUUUAAUGUUUUCUAGCCAAGUGAAUGUUUAGAAUUUAGGAGUGUGGAUUAAAAUGAUGGAUUUUUUGUAUUAGAAAUGUCAGGGCCUGCAUUUUCCAAUUCUGAGUAAUGCUCUUACCAAGGAGUCUUGGCUUAAGUGGUUUAGUCGGCUGCUGAGAAAGAAACUGAGGAUUCAACAGCGUAUUUGAUCCCUUUGUUUGUGUAAUGCUGUUUUCUAGGGAUUAUUGGUGGUUCUUCUGCUUCUUGUUUAGUGGUAUAAACACUCCUUUCCGCCCCGACUGAUGAGGAAUGUAAACCAAAUGUUCGCAAAAAUAAACUUGUAUUCCAUCAUACAAAUUACUGCCUUACAAAUAUAUAAUGGUCUGGUACCUUUUACGUCUUGCAUCUUCCUGAAGAUUCAAGACCCCAAAGCAAAUGCACCUCAUAAAAUCUAUGGAAAUUGAUUCAUGCAGUCCAGACUGGAUUAAGAAAAAUUUCUUCAUGAAAUUAUGCAAAAUGUAAUAAAUUAUUAUAAUAUAAUUGUUAUAACUAUAGUAUAUUACUAUAAUAUAAUAAAAUAAGUCCAAUUUUUAAGUGUUUUUGUGUGUGAUUCUUAAUUGACUGCUAUAAUAAAGCCACAGUUUUCAUGUUAUUUACCGCUAAUUUCAACCCUUACCAUCUCAAUAUUGGAGCUGCUGCAGGUUUAUCAGGCAAGGCAACUGUUCUUGUGCAUUGUUGGAGAUCCUUUUAACAAUGAAUCCUCAAAUUACUGUUCUUGAGAGCAGAAGGAUCAUCUGGUAAGGUCAUCAGCUGCUGUAGCCCGUCUGCUUCAAGAUUUAAAGUGCUGUGAGUUCAGAGGUGGCACUCGACACACCUUAAGCUGCUGAAACAGGAUUCCUGUUCCCUGAUAGUUGUGGGUAAAAAUCCCAGUGGGUCAGCAGUUUAUAAAUACUGACACCAUUAUGCGUGUUGGCCAUUUUAAAGGUAAUCUAGAUUCACUUUCCUCUCCUUUUUCCUUCAUGGUUUGAACUUAAAAAAGGGUGACAGAUGAUGUGAACACACAUAUGAGUAUCCACACAGAAGAAAGACCUUUCUGUUGUGAUCUUUGUAGGUAUCGAUGUAGCCAGAAAUUAAAUUUUAAAAAUUCACAAGAAUCCACAAAAGAUAAACAUUCUAGUUGUGAUAUUUUAGGGACAGGACUGACAAAAAAAAAAAAA